UCGCUCGCGGUCGGACAGCGCUGCUCUUUGCUCCCUUUUCCCCCGUCCCUGCCCCUUCCCCUGCCCCGAGCUCUGCCCGCCCUCCCGCCCUCCCGCUGCAGCGCCCACCUUCCCCCCUCUUUUUUUUCCUUUCGUGCUUUUCUCUCUUUUGCUUUCUUAUUGCCGCCCGGGGUCUGGGCCUUUUUCCGGGCCGGGCGUACUAGGGCGCGCGGCCCCGGGGCCCAUUAUAUGACCCGACCCCUUGCAACCCCUCGCUUCCCCCGCCCCAUGUGGCUGCGGGGCCGCGACGGCGCCCCCCACUAUGGCCCGGAAAGCAGUUAGCAGGAAGCGGAAAGCGCCUGUCUCGCCGGGAGCUGGGAACGACGCGCAGGGCCCACAGUUUGGCUGGGAUCACUCACUUCACAAAAGGAAAAGACUCCCCCCAGUGAAGCGUUCCUUCGUUUAUUAUCUGAAGAACCGUGAAGUCAGACUACAGAAUGAAAGCAACUACUCUCGAGUGUUGCAUGGAUAUGCAGCACAGCGACUUCCCAGUCUCCUGAAGGAGAGAGAGUUUCACCUUGGGACUCUAAACAAAGUGUUUGCAUCUCAGUGGUUGAAUCAUAGACAAGUGGUGUGUGGCACAAAAUGCAACACACUAUUUGUAGUGGAUGUCGAGACGAGCCAGAUCACCAAGAUUCCCAUUCUAAAGGAUCGUGAGCCUGGAGGCGUGACCCAGCAGGGCUGUGGUAUCCAUGCCAUUGAACUGAACCCCUCUCGCACACUGCUGGCCACAGGAGGAGACAACCCUAAUAGUCUUGCCAUCUACCGGCUGCCUACACUGGAUCCUGUGUGUGUGGGAGAUGAUGGCCACAAGGACUGGAUCUUUUCCAUUGCAUGGAUCAGUGAUUCUAUGGCAGUAUCUGGCUCCCGUGAUGGUUCAAUGGGACUCUGGGAAGUGACAGAUGAUGUGUUGACCAAAAGUGAUGCAAGACACAAUGUGUCCCGGGUCCCCAUGUAUGCUCACAUCACACAUAAGGCCUUAAAGGACAUCCCCAAGGAGGACACAAACCCUGAUAAUUGCAAAGUUCGGGCUCUAGCCUUCAACAACAAGAACAAGGAAUUGGGAGCAGUAUCUUUGGAUGGCUACUUUCACCUCUGGAAAGCUGAAAAUACACUGUCUAAGGUCCUCUCCACUAAACUGCCGUAUUGCCGUGAGAAUGUGUGUCUGGCCUAUGGUAGUGAAUGGUCAGUGUAUGCAGUGGGCUCCCAAGCUCAUGUCUCUUUCUUGGAUCCACGGCAGCCAUCAUACAACGUCAAAUCUGUCUGCUCCAGGGAACGAGGCAGUGGGAUUCGCUCCGUGAGCUUUUAUGAGCAUAUCAUCACUGUGGGCACAGGACAGGGCUCCCUGCUGUUCUAUGACAUCCGAGCUCAGAGAUUCCUGGAAGAGAGACUCUCCGCUUAUGGUUCCAAGCCCAAACUCACAGGGGAGAAUCUGAAACUGACCACUGGCAAAGGCUGGCUGAAUCAUGAUGAAACCUGGAGGAAUUACUUUUCGGACAUUGAUUUCUUCCCCAAUGCUGUUUACACUCACUGCUACGAUUCGUCAGGAACGAAACUUUUUGUGGCAGGUGGUCCCCUCCCUUCAGGGCUCCAUGGAAACUAUGCUGGGCUCUGGAGUUAAUGACAACUAACUUGCUCUCAAAAUGCAGAGAUUUACACUAA